GUUGUUUUUCUCAUUGCUCUUAUAGCAAUUUUCAACUCGUCGUUUGCAUCUAAUAGUGUCUGCCACAUCACCAGAAAGCCACUGAUGCUUCCAGCUCCAGAAGACGUCUUCAAUAAGCCAGUGCAACUUUACUCAAACACGGAACAAAUGCCGAAGUGACUCCAGGACAAUGUGAAUUCCAAAUUGGAACCUGCGAAGGAAUCGAUAUGGGAGAUCAGUUGUGGAUGUCGAGAUACAUUCUGCACAGAGUUGCUGAACAAUUCGGUGUCUGCGUAUCGCUUGAUCCCAAACCAAAGGUCACCAUGGGAGACUGGAACGGAGCCGGAUGCCACACCAACUUCUCCACCGCCGAAAUGCGUGCUCCAGGUCCACCGAUUGAAGCCGCCAUGACAGAACUCAAGCGGACACAUUUGGAGGCGAUGAAGGUGCACGAUCCAUGGUGGAGAAGAUAAUCUUCGUCGUUUGACAGGACGUCAUGAGACAAGUUCGACUGACAAGUUUCUCGUGCCAAUUGCGGAUGCUCAAUCCGUAUUCCGAGACAGGUGGCUGCGGAGGGAAAGGGAUAUCUGGGGGAUCGUCGUCCGUCGUCAAACUGUGAUCCUUAUCAAGUGACUGCGAUGAUUACACAAAACAUGCUCUUCUAG